CGUCUCCGGAUAGAAACUCUGUCAGCGCUCACCUUCCAGCAGCAGUCAUGCCUUCAAGAAACACCGCCGCCAGCAUGUUUGGUGGAGCCGGGGGAAGAGGCUCCAGGGCGUCCGUGGCGAGCCUGGAGGGGCUGCGCAACGUCCUGCGCAACGACACGGAGAGAGACUCCGCUCCCGUCGUUCCAGCCGUGGCGGCGCCCACCGCUGCCGCCGCCGCUCCCGCCGCCCCCGCGGACGACAAGCAGACGAUGCGGGGUCUGAACGACCGUCUGUCCGGUUACCUGGACCGAGUGAAGCAGCUGCAGGAGGAGAACCGGGACCUGCAGAAACAGAUCGAUGACAUCCUGGCCAAGAGGAAAGCACCCGAGGGACGCAACUGGGAUGAAGUCCAGAAACCGCUGGAUGACCUCAAGAAGAAGAUCAAAGACAUCACCAUGGACAAUGCAAAGCUGCUGCUGCAGAUUGACAACACCAAACUGGCCAACGAUGACUUCAAGACCAAGCUGGACGAUGAGACAAAGGCCCGUAAGGAAUUAGAGAGAGACCUGGACGACCUGAAGAAGGUCAUCAAAGACACCAAACUGAACCGCGAGCAGACGCAGAAAGAGAUCGAUCUGGUGAAGGAGGAGGUCACUCGCCUGGAGCGGGAACACAAGGAUGAGGUGGACGCUCUGCGCGAGAAGAUCAAGGACUCCGAGGUGAAGGUGGAGAUCGAUUCCCAGAACUCCAACCUGGCCGAGGUUCUCAACGACAUCCGAGCCCAGUACGAUAAAUUGGCCCAGAAGAACCUGAAGGAGACGGACGACUGGUACAAGACCAAGUUUGACACCAUCAAGGUGGAGGAGGCCCAGAACGUGGAGGCUCUGCAGUCUGGGAAGACGGAGCUCAAGGAUCUGCUGAAACAGAAGCAAACUCUGGAAAUCCAGAUCCAGAGUGCGCUCAGCACGAUCCGUAACCUGGAGGAGACUCUGAGGAGCACCAAAGCAGAAUAUGGUCAUCGCCUGGCCCCGUUAAACCAGGUGAUACUUGACCUGGAGUCGGAGCUGAAGGAGGUGAGAUCACAGGUGGAGCAACAAGUCGAGACCAACAAGAACCUGCUGUGCGUCAAGAUGAAGCUGGAGGCAGAAAUCAAUAACUACCAGCAGCUGAUUUACGGCAUGACCGCUGAUACCGACAGCUUGGAGUUUGAUUUAGAGGAUGCACUGCACAACGACCCGCGAAAGCCUGACGCGAAGGACAAAGUGAAAGAAGAAGCCCUCGUGAAACAAAAAAGUGCCCCCUCGAACAAAUCCGCUCCCCCCGAAGCCCCUGAAGAUGCCGAAAAAGAAAAGGCAGAGGAAGGAGCUGCUGUCAGUAAGGAGGCAGCUCCAGCAGGCAGCCCGACUAAAAAGAAAAAAAACAAAACUAAGAAAGAUUCUUCCUCUUCUUCUUCUUCUUCUUCAUCCUCCUCCUCCUCCUCCUCUUCAUCUUCCUCUUCCUCCUCUGAGUCUGAGAAUGAAAAGGAAAAGCCUAAAACUGAGAACGAGGAGGCCAAAGCUUGAUCCUUCACAGCUUCUUGUCUGCUCUGUGUGUUUUUUUCAGUUUCAGUUGAAAAAUGUCACAUUAACACUGUUAAGGUGUGUUUUCUCAGGUGUCAGUGAAAUAAAGACAUUUGGAAACUGAA